AUGGGUGUGAGCAUUGAACUUCUUUACAUGGCUCUUAUUUUUCUGAGUGUUAGCAGCACUGGUCAUGGUAGGGGUGCUGAAGAAAGCAGCUUUGGUGGUGCAAGUGGGUCGAGGUUUGAUAAUGGCGGUGGUGAUAAUGAUGAUGAUUGCUCGCAUGGAAAUUGGAGGAGUUGUGGGAGUUUCUUUGGAAGGGGUAGCAGAAGUUUUGGUGUGGAGGGUAAAGGAGUGAGUCAUGGUGGAGGGUUUGGUGGUGGAGGUGGAGGAGGAGGUGGUGGCGGGGGAGGAGGGUCAGGUCGCGGUGAAGGUUAUGGAGUUGGGGGUGGUGUAGGUGGUAAUGGUGGUGGUGGUGGAGGAGGAGGUGGUGGGGGAAGUACAUUUGGUGGAGCGUCUGGUCAUGGUAGUGGGUUUGGUGCUGGAGUUGGUGUUGGGGGUGGGGCAGUUGGUGGUGGUGGUGGAGGUGGAGAAGGUAGAGGCUCUGGAGGAGGUUCCGGACAUGGUAGUGGAUAUGGCACAGGUGCUGGGGUUGGGGUUGGAGGCGUUGGGCAAGGAGGUGGCGGUGGCGACGGCGGCGGUCGUGGGGGUGGUAAUGGUGCCGAUGAAGGGUUUGGACAUGGUAGUGGUUUUGGUGCAGGAGGUGGUCUAGGUAGUGCUGAAGGAGGAAGUGGCGGCGGCGGUGGAAGUGGUGGCGGUUUUAGUGCCAAUGGAGGGUAUGGUCAUGGUGCAGGCUUUGGUGCAGGUUUUGGUGUUGGCGGCAUUGGAGGAGGAGGUGGAGGUGGAGGAGGAGGUGGAGGUGGAAGUGGUGGCGGUUCUAGUGCCAAUGGAGGAUAUGGUCAUGGUGCAGGCUUUGGUGCAGGUUUUGGUGUUGGCGGCAUUGGAGGAGGAGGUGGAGGUGGAGGUGGGGGUGUAGCUGGCGCUGGCAAAGAUUAUGGUGGCAAGAAUGGGAUUGGCAUAGGAUUCGGCAUAGGCAUUGGAUUUGGGUUUGGUAUUGGAGGUGGUGGAGCUGAUGACACCAAUGCUAAUGGUGAACCCUAG